AUGCCCCAAACUCAUACAGUAAAGCUUGACAGAAGCGACAAAAAUCAGGCUUGGAAUCCCAAAAGCGAUAGGAACACGGAGCUUAUAUCCAAUGUGGAACAAAGUUUCUUUUCCCAAACCACCAUUCAUGGUUUGAAGUAUUUGCUAGAGCCAAAGAAAACGCGUUUUGAACGCGGUUUUUGGAUCUUGGCCGUCAUCUGUUCUUGGGCUUUUGCAGCCUUCAUGAUCAUUCAGGUAAUAAUCACUUACCAUUUUUUUUUCAAUUCACCCCAACAUAUUGUCCUGGCCAAAUGGCAGGAGAGUCCCAUCCUAGUCAGUUAUGAUUCGACCACAACUCCAAUUUGGGAGCUCCCAUUUCCUGCUCUUACAAUUUGCAACAUGAAUAAGGUUCAACGAUCGAGAAUCGAAGCUAUUGAAGCCAUACUGAAGCGUAAUGCCUCGAAUGAUUUUUAUGCCAAGGAGAGACGUUUUGCCACCGAAAUUUGUCAAAAAACAACUGCCAGACAUUCCGAACUCCAAAGAGCCCCUUCAAAUCAGGAUGUUUCGGUGGCGAACUUGGACAUUGACGGGAAAAUGUUGCAACACUACAUGAAUAAUCUGGGCCAAGAUUGCUCACAAAUGUUGUUAAGAUGCGAAUUCAAAGGAAUAUCGAGGAAUUGUUCAGAAUUGUUCAUACCUGUCAUCACGGACGAAGGCCGUUGUUGCUCAUUCAAUAUCAUGCCCGAGUCCAUUAUGUUCAAGGACGUCAGUGUGGAGCAACUUCAGGUUGAGGACCACGAAGAGACAGUGAAACUAUGGUCGCAUUGGGACAUGGAAACCGGGUACAGAUUUGGCCCCAACGAGUAUGAUGGCGAGAUCAAUAUCACAUCAGACGCUGAACCCAUGCCCAGGCGAGCUGUAGCCCCUGGUCUGCACAUGGGUUUGUCUGUUCUGUUGGAUGUGAGGGAACAAGAGUAUUAUUGCUCUGGCACAGAGUCCAUUGGAUUCAAGGCCCUUCUUCAUACCCCGGCCACGUUACCGGAAAUGAUCGAGUAUGGGUUUGCUUUUGAGCCAGGAUCGGAGACGUUUCUGGCCGUAACACCAGAAAUGAUCCACGCCGAGGAACAGAUCCACGGGAUCAGUUAUAUCAAACGGCAAUGCUAUUUGAAGGGCGAAAGAAGAUUGAAAUACUUAAACCACUACACCUUCUUGAAUUGUUUCAUGGAGUGCGCUUCUAACUUUACAUUUAAGACUUGUGAUUGUGUGGCAUAUUAUAUGCCUAGAAAUUCUAAGACAAUGCCCAUAUGCGCCCCGGAGCGGCAUGCAUGCGUCGAUCGGGCAAUUAAGAUCGUCCAAGAAUCCGCAUUUGACGAUAAGCACGCUGAGAACACGGAAUGUAACUGCUUGCCGCCCUGUUCCGAUUUCUCCUAUCCCCACGAAACCUCGAAGAGCAAGUUAAAAGCGGCUCUCCUCAAUCUGUCGCAGGACCUGAUCAAGGCCCAUCCGGAGUUUUUGAAUGAGUCCUACGUGAAUCACAAUUUGGCUUUGGUACACCUCCAUUUCCAGAAUCUCCAUUUCAUUCGCCAUUUGAGGAGUGAGCUUUUUGGAUUAACGGACUUCUUCGCUACGAUCGGUGGAUUAUUGGGACUCAGCAUGGGUUUUAGCGUGCUGAGUUUGGUAGAAAUUGUGUACUUUUUGGUGCUCAAAUUACUUUGCAAAGCCAUCAAACCGAAUUGACCAGGCGAAUGAAGAAGUAGUUGACUUUUUUUAACAAUUAAUACGUGAGAGGUACAACGAUUAUAUAAAAUGACAAGAGUUUAUGAAGCUUUUUGACCU